AAAAAAGAAGUACACAAAUGUCAAAAAUAGGUACAGUACAAUUUUAGGUUACUUCUACCUAUGUUUUUAAAUAUGAAUCAAAUUUGUACUUAUUGAAAUCAAAUAGUGAUAUGAAAUUUCUCCAUCAUGGCAUUAAUGAAAGCCAAAACAAUCCCGAAAGAUGCAGUAACGUUGGACGAGUUAGAAGCCACCAAUUAUGCAUGGGAUAUUGUUAACAAUUGGAACAAUAAAUUAGAUAUAUGGGCACUUCGUUAUGGCCCCGUCAUACUUGGAGCCUGUAGUGCAAUAGGAGGUGUAAUAAUUAACAGACAGUAUAGAAUGAAACUAAAAAUAGGCCACUAUGGAUAUUUAUCAUCAGUUAUCCCCAUAUCUGUAAUGCCCGGAAUGCUAACAGUAAUUUAUCAUAGGCAAAUAAUAUCAACUGAUUUGUUACUUUUGAAAAAUGAAGGAUGUCCAAUAUGUUAUGAGAUGCGUGCUUCAGCCUUACAAAUAGGCUUAGGUGUAAUUUAUCCAAUGAUCUUAGGACCUACAUCUGCUAUGAUGUUUGCUAAUCGAUACUCAACAUACAGGGUCCCAGAUUUGUUUGAAGGUCCCAGAGUAAUUUUUAAAUUUCUAAGUAAAAUAACAAAACCUUUUAUGGGAACAAUUGCAACAAUAGCAGUUCUGCAAUUUGUCACUUCUAAUGUAAUAACUUACUUUGAAAUGAAGAAUAAUUUUACAAUUAGAAAGAAAAUUUCGGCAAUAGAAAAAAAAAUUAUGGCUGAGCAAGGUUUGGACUUUUAGUUUAAAGUUAUAUAAUUUUUUUUUGUUAUCUAUAGUUUUAUGUUAGAUUAAACGUUGAAGUUAG